GCCGCAUCCCAGAAGGCCCUGCAGCCCACAGCACAGCGUGUACCUUAGUCUCCUCUCCCCUCUUGGCAGGGCCUGCAACAUAAGCAUUGCUGACUACGUGCAGUGUGCUGAGGACCACCAGACUCUCCCCAUGGUGGUCCAGCACGUGGGAUUAUCUUGGGGGAGAAUCUCUUAUGCAUCUAUAAACAUAUAUCCUCAGUGAGCCAGGUCAGGCUGUGCGGCUUCCAGCAGUCAUUCUGUAUCUGCUACAGGUACCACUACCCACACAAGAAUGAGUGGGGAGACUUCCAGACCCGCCGAAGUGUCAUGGGCCUCAUCACCAUCACUGACCACUUGGCCAAGGACUGGCUGCAGAUCGAGGAGCUCCCUGUGCAGAGGAGCUGUGUGGCAACAUGCAGGACGAUUCAUGGCUCUUCAUCUUUGUGCUGAAGGGCGAGCUCGCCGAGCAGCUGCACACUGAUUUGGCCUUGUACCCCAGCUAUGAGGACUGUGGGAUGGUGGAGAAGAGGAUCAAGGAAUUCAUUGAGUCGCUCUUCAUCGUGCUCGAGUCCAAGCACCUGGACAGGGCCACCAACAAUUUUGGGGACAAGAUCCCCCUCCUUUGCAUCCCAUUUGAGAAGAGGGACUUGGUGGGACUGGACACAGACAGCAGAUCGCUUUGGUUACUGAGACCCUCGAAUUCCCAUAUGAUUUGUAGCAGCAUCUAGUCAGUUUCUGCAGAGGAUCCUGCUGGGAUUGUGAUCGAGACCAUGUUGAAUGCACAGAUCACUCUGGGG